AAUUAUGGCCAAGCACAGAGAGUGAAACGUGCAGCACUGAAGCUACCAGAGGUCACCCCAUCUAACCCGGAUGACAGUGAUGAUGACUUUCCGUUUCCUGACAUCGAGCCACUGGAGAAAAUCUCCCCACCAAGCAAUGACAAGGCUGAUGCAAGACAUGAGAGGCUUACAGCAAUUAUUGAAUCCCCAAGGCAGGCUAGUAAUGACUCUGGUGUUGCUAUGAUGGCAACACCCUCCACCGAGCAGCAACAACCUCCCAGCCUGUCAAGAAACUACAGUAAUGCAGACACUCUACAAUUGAACACCCCUUCUCAACAAGAUGGCAGGUCCCAGACUGGUCAAAGAAUUGAAAGUGGUCUUUCAAGUUUCCAAAAGCAAGAUAAAGGGAAACCACAAGACAAAGGCAGUGUGAAUCAGGAAACACCACGUCAGCCAAAAGGUGUCAAGUCCCACCCUUCAGCUGUGCAGUCUUCAUAUCAACCCCGUCCCACAGAAAAUGGAGCAAGCCAUCUCCAUCUCUUCCAUCAGUCUGGAAACAAUCGGCAGAUGAUUACACCAAGAGCUGCAUCCCAGCCAGUGCAGAGAAAGGAUGUUAUUACUGUCAAUAAUGUUACCUACACCAUCCUCCGUGUCAUUGGCAAAGGUGGAUCAUCUAAGGUGUAUCAGGCGUUCAGUGAGGAUAAGAAGAAAGUUCUAGCAAUUAAAUAUGUCAAGUUGGACUGUGCUGAUGACAUGACGAUACAAGGUUACAUCAAUGAGAUCACACUGCUUCAAAAACUACGCUAUAGUGAAAACAUCAUACACCUCUACGACUUUGAAAUCACUGAUUCCCACAUCUAUCUGGUCAUGGAAUGUGGAUCUAUUGAUCUGGCAACUUUCUUGAGUAAACACAAGAAGAUUGAUCCUCGGGACAUGAAGUUCUACUGGAGAGGGAUGUUAAAUGCAGUGGAUGUGGUGCACCAAGCAGGAAUUGUACAUAGUGAUUUAAAACCAGCCAACUUCCUGUUUGUUGAGGGCACUCUCAAGCUGAUUGACUUCGGCAUUGCCAAUGCCAUUCAAAGUGACAAGACAAGUGUGGUCAGGGAGUCUCAAGUAGGGACACUGAAUUACAUGUCACCUGAGGCCAUUCAGGACACAUCACCCUCACCUCAGGUUGAUGCCAAUGGACACAGACGGCCUAAGCUCAAGAUUAAUUGUAAGAGUGAUGUGUGGUCUCUUGGCUGUAUCUUCUAUUACAUGGUGUAUGGCCGGACACCAUUUCAACAUAUCACGCACAGCUUGAUGAAACUUCAAGCCAUUUGUGAUCCUAGGCAUGUGAUUGAAUUCCCUCGUGUAGAUAAUCCACAUCUUCUUGACCUUCUCAAGAAAUGCUUGGUCAGAGAUGCUCGGGAACGACCCUCCAUUGAAGAACUCCGAAAGCAUCCUUACUUUGCAUCAGAAUUACUCGCCGUGCAAGAGGAACCAAGCAAACCCAACUUGACAGAGGAACACCUGAAGAGUUUAAUAUCUCAGCUGAGUCAUGCACAGAUAAAUUCACCAACCAGUAUCACAGCAGUGUCUAAGACUCUCAUGGAGCAGCUACAGUCUGGUCAGCAGUUAGACAUCUCCACAGCUCUAAGGCCAAAAGCUAGACCUAGACCAUUCCAGCCAGUGGUUCAACAGCCUCCUCCACAGCCACCACCACCUCCUGUACACCAGCCAACAUUUGAUAUACCUCAACAGCGCCCUCAAGCAGGUCAGCCUCGGCAUGCUAGUAGAGCACCCCUGCAAGUUGUACAGCUGGAAACACUGCAACAGGCCCAGUCUGCACUGAAACCACUGUGCAGUUCACAGAGCAUUAAGUAUAUGAGACAAGAGAGCCAUGAGAAGAACAAACUUGGGGAACAGAAACUAUGAAAUAAUAGGCAUGGUGCUUCAGAAGGUAACUUUCAAGGUUUUGCAGAGUUCCCCGAGCUGGUCAGUCAACUUUAAACAUUGAUACAUCUGGAGUAUCAAGACGACAGGAAUAGCAAUAAGUGUCUGACAAACUUCUGCAUGCUUGGUGUCUUGUACAAAGUGCUUCCUAUCUCACUAAUGAUACCACUCUCCCUCAGUGAACAGCCUUGUGGGUUUUUUCCUUCAUGCUUGGUAUUUUUUUUUUGUGUCCAAAGGUGCAAAAAGCAACCCUAUAAUGAUAUUUGCUACCAAGAAGUAAGUUACGUGGAUGUGUUCAAUGUCUUACGUUUUACUGUUUGUUGCAGCAUUGCUAACCUCCACAGUAGGAUUCCAAGUCUUAAUGUACCCUGCCAUUGAUAUUCAUAACAAUACUAGUACUGUGUAUGUAAAACAACAGUUUUGCAAAGUUGUUGGCAUUCUUCACCUUGAGAAUAAUAUCCAACCUUGCUUACGUCUUUCCCGCUUUCUGUUUUUGUCAUAAAUCUGCUGUCUAUAAAAGUGGAAGCAUAUUACCUUUAGUAAAGUUUACUCUGUACAUGUAUGUGGAUAUUGUAGAGACACUGUAAGGAAAUUCUUUUUGGUAAACUUUAUGUAGUUAUACCUGAAUUAACUAAAGCUGUGUAAAGGGGAACAUACAAUCAUGUAUCAAUUACAUUAUGUAUUGUACAAAGAUUGUACAAAGACAGACUGCAUGGAGCAGUGUGGUGAAACAAGCCUCCCUCUGUCAUCUAGUGUGCAUUUGUCUGAUAAGUUAUUACAAGGCAAAGCCAAUGGAAAAUGGAAUGCUCAACAGAUCAGUGAGAGAGAGAGAGAGAGGCUAGUUUUACUCCACUAUGAGAUACAGUAAUCAAUGUUUGCUUUAUAUCACCUCAGCCACAGAUGCUGAACUGUUUUUGAGAUACAUGUACCAUUAAUCAAACUAAAAUUAAUGGCUAUGUACCUCUGAAUUUGAAAUGAAAAGUCACCUGUACAUUUCCAAACUCUCCAUUGAAACGCUUGAUGAAUAUGCUUCCAUCCAUGCCAACUCUUGAGACAUACAGUGUACACUCCUCAAAUAUACGCAUGUGUACGUGCCAGUCGAGACCACUUAAGACCUUCACAAGACCACCAGUCUGAAUUCAAGUCACAAGCUAUUCAAAUGAACCCCAACAAAAGCUUUCCUUUGUCACUGUUCACCCUAUUACUGGCGACUGGUCCAUCUUGUGCAUGGUCUUGUGAUGGUCUCAACUACAACACUGGUUUGUGCAUACAGACAUAGAACUUCAGUUACCAAUGGCUUGGUAAAUGUACUGUGGUUGCCAUGUGCAUCAUUUAUUUCACAACAGGCAGUUAUGGUAUUGUACCUGUACUUUUUUGAUUGCAUGGCAGGAAUGUGUAGCAAGUACCAUUUGGUACUCUUGCAGUUGAUUCAGCGGCUGAACGUGGGGUUGAGAUAUUAUAAAGUAUAUAUUAAAUUAACUUGAGUUGACAUAAAUGUAUGAAAUGUGCACUAAUUCAGUUUCUGACUCUAGUCAAUAAAAUCUGUUUGGCUUUUAUUCUUUGCAUAUUUCUGCCUUGUUAACUGCGAAAAUAUAGGAUAAGCGUCUAGUUCCUAGACCCGUAACCCUAUGCCCUUUUUAAAAGUCAUUCUCUAACAUUUAAUAGCUUUGCUUUGUCAGCUUUUUCAUGUACAAAUAUGUCCUCUAUGAUUGCAUUUUUAAGCUUUUAAAUUUUUCAUAAUCAAGAAGAAAUACACACGCAAACUGAAAAGCUGCCCGUGCUCAACUUUGAAGGUAAAAAGUGCCAAAAAGCUUGUCACCCUGUUUUGAUGUGGGUCGCAGUAUAUUUGCUGUCAAAAGGAUGUGAUGAGGUGUUUUUCUGUUCAUAUUGAACUCAGUAAAUAAAAAACAGGGGCUGCAAGAUGCAAAGAUUAAUCGGACUAAAAGGGUUUAGGUGAUAACUUUUCUUAGACUUGCUUUGUAUAUGCAACGUUAUACUCUUCUGUGUAUUUGAUGUCCUUUUGGGGCAAGUGUAUUGAAAAGUACACUUCUUUAAACAUGCUGAGGUUACUGUCCAGGGUGCAGUUGAUUUUAUAAAGCACCAAAGUAGUUUUUCAAAUAGCAAAACAAAAGUUGAAAAUCAACUUCUUUGAAACAAAAAAUGCUGUUUCAAAGACUUGUAAAAAAAAUGACAUUGCAUGGGGUCCUUUCAGGAUUUUGAUAAAAGUAUCCACAAUAUGAACCUGUCUCAGCAGCGUCGUACAUGACAUAUUAAGUAGCAUGCUUACAAAACAUGUUAAAAACGUUAAUUUGUUUUAUUCUUUGAAUAUUUCAAAGCAAAAGAAAUAGAAUCAUCCGAAUUGAUAGUUUUUUUCCUCAAAAGAGACAUCUCCACGUAUGUUGGUGUCAGGUCAGAUGGGGGGUAGGCAGUUCGUACGUGUAAAGGUAUCUUUGGAUGAUGUAUCUACCUUUGCCAUCUGUGUAGCAUGUCUAGACGCUGCAGAAGCGGUAUGAUUGUCAUAGCGAAAACUAAAUUCUUGCUAUUCUAAAAUGUCGGUUCUCCCCAUUUUUUAAUCGAAGAGCAAACACGUUAGGUCACUUUUUACAUCUUUAACUUGUACACACAAGUAUUAAAAUAGACACUUCUCGAUACUUGA